UUUUUUGUUGUCCAUGAAACGUGAAAAAAGUAUACGACCUAAGGCUAAUUUUUCAGGCCAAUUUAUUCCAGCUGAAGAUACUGAAGCAAUAAUUGCAGAAAAAUUAAGCAAAAAAGCCGCAAAACGUGCUCGUAGACAGAAAAAAAAGCAGGAUGAUAGAUUGAAUAACCUACCAGAACAGGAAUGGCGUGAGAUAUCAUUAUCAAAUCCUCCUCCAGUACCUGCUCAAGAAAAAGGAGACUUCUCAGUAGUAGUACCAUCGAUCAGUAAAAAACGUAAACGAAAAAAUGCAGUCCAAGAAGAUAAUUUUAUUAAAAACGAUGGUUAUGUUGAACUUAAUUCUCUUGAAUGGUCCGAAGUGAAUUAUCCCGAUUCAAUUUUUAUGGGAGACGAUUUAGGAGGAUUUUUAUGCCUAGAGGAAAUUGAUGAUAUUGAUGUUGAGUAUGAUGAUAAUAAAGAUACACAAGGAAAAACGAUUAAAUUUAAGAAAGUAAAAAGUAGUAAUAGAUUAUCAAAUGCAAAAAGUGACAGCCCAUGCGCUAAACCUGAGGAACCAUUACCAGAAGAGGAGUCAUCUAAGUAUUAUGACUUGGAUACAUUUGAUGAGAGUAUUUUAAUAAGGAAUAAAAAUAUAAGAGAAUACAAGCAAUCCGAAGAAAAUGUAGGAUCACAAGAUGAUAAUUUUGAUAAUAAUAUAGACCAGUAUAAGGACGAUGAUGAGAAUGAUGAGGACGAAAUUGAUAAUGAUUCAAAAAUGGAAGAAAGUGUCAGCACAAAUAUUAAUAGUAUUCAGGACGAAAAAGGAACGGAUCAGAAUGCUAUGGAAGGAAUCGAUCUUUCCGCAUGGAAUCAGUUCAAUCUCUCUCCUAUCAUUAUGAAUGAGUUAAAAUCACUCGGAUUUAAUAAACCUACGCCAAUUCAAGCAAAAACACUUCAUUUUAGUUUAUCCGGCCGUGAUGUCAUAGGUGCUGCUGAAACUGGUUCUGGAAAAACACUUGCUUUUGGAAUACCUAUAUUAGAGUACAUAUUUAAGAAAGUAAAGGACUCGAAUCAGCUUGUAGGGCUUAUUUUGACGCCUACAAGAGAAUUAGCUAUGCAAAUUAGAGACCAUCUUCAACAUAUUAGUAAAAAUUCUCUAAUAAAAAUUAUAACAAUUGUGGGAGGAAUGUCUACACAGAAACAACAGCGAUUAUUAUCAAAACAUCCAAAUAUUAUUGUCGCUACACCUGGUCGUUUAUGGGAAUUAUUCUCUGAGAAUGAUGCGUACCUUAGUAAUUUGCGACGCAUAAAAUUUUUAGUAUUAGACGAAGCAGAUAGAAUGCUCGAAAUUGGCCAUUUUGAAGAGUUAAACCAUAUUCUAACUGUUUUAUCGAGGACUAGAAAUAACACUAAUGAAUGGGCUGAAAAUGAUAUUAAAGAAAAGGAAUGCACUUAUGAACUUACUCCUCGGCAGACUUUUGUGUAUUCUGCUACGCUCAAUAACAAAUUGAAAGAAGAUUUGAAGAGAAAGAAAUACAAAUCGAAAAAGAUAAAUAAAGAAUCCACAGGAACAAUGACUGAAUUAAUGCAUCGGCUUGAAUUUAAUGAUUCAAAUCCAAUAUUUCUGGAUAUUACUCCUGAAGAUGCGGUUGCUGAAACAUUACAAGAAUCCAAAAUUGAUUGUCUGACCAAAGAGAAGGAUAUAUAUACGUAUUAUUUUAUUACGCGAUAUCCUGGUCGGACCCUUAUUUUUGUUAACAGUAUUGAUUGCAUUCGACGUCUUAUACCAGUAAUUAAGUUAUUAAAUAUCGACGUUUUUGGACUUCACGCACAAAUGCAACAAAGGCAGCGUUUAAAGAAUUUAGAUAGAUUUAAGCAGAACCCUAAAGCCGUUAUGAUUGCUAGUGAUGUCGCAGCUCGUGGAUUAGAUAUUCCGUUGGUUGAACAUGUAAUACACUAUCAGUUACCGCGUUCUAGUGAUAUAUAUGUUCAUCGAAGUGGUCGUACAGCCCGUUCAAGGAAAGAAGGUGUAAGCUUAAUGUUGUGUAGUCCCGAAGAACUAAGUUUAUAUCAGAAGUUGUGUUUGAAAUUAAAUAAGGUUGACGGCUUAGCAGACUUUCCUGUUGACCGAGGCAUUUUAAAUUCAAUGAAACAGAGAAUUAACUUGGCAAGACAAAUUGAUCAAGAUGAACACAAAAUGCAGAAGAUGAACCACGAUAAUGAUUGGUUAAAAAAAACCGCCCAAGAAUUUGAAAUUGAUUUAGAUGAUGAAGAAAUCGUUAACGAUUCUAAUAGAGGAAAUCAGAAACAAAUUAAGGAAAAAAUUCGAUCAAUGAAGCUCGAAUUGAAGUCAUUAUUAUCUCAACCAUUAAUUCCACGAGGAGUGUCUACAAAAUAUCUUACAAGUGGAAUUGUACGUGAUUUAGCGGAUAGACUGUUAGACGAAUCUUCGCAUAAUUCAGCAAUAUUGGGUGUUAAGAAUACUAAAGCAACUGACGAUUUAAGAUCAAAAAAAAAGACAAUACCUUUAUAGAAAGAAGAAAAGUUCGGAAAUUUAUAGUUUAUUAAAACAAUUAACUUAUUUAAAGAAAAAUUAUUAAUUUCUAAUAUCAUAGUUAAUAAUAAAAUAAAAUUGCUUAUUUUUUCCGUCAA